UAAAUUGCCAGAACGUUUUCUGAUGGGAACUUAAUUAGGGUUUUUGUGAUUUGUAGAGCCAAACUGCACAGAGCAAAAUUUCUCCAAUUCCGCUUUCCCUCUCUCUUUAGGGUUCUAAAACUAUGCCGAAAUCAAAGCGUAAUAGGCCAGUGACUUUAUCCAAGACGAAGAAGAAAGGGAGGGAACAUAAAGAAAAUGUAGUGAAUGCGAUACGAGAAUCGGUCGAGAAGUACGAUUCUGUUUAUGUUUUUACUUUUGAGAACAUGAGGAAUCUCAAGUUUAAAGAGUUUAGGGACCAGCUCAAGUCAUCAAGCAGAUUUUUUCUUGGCUCAAAUAAAGUCAUGCAAGUUGCCCUAGGUAGGUCUGUUGCUGAUGAGAUCCGACCUGGCCUUCACAAGAUUUCUAAGCUUUUACGUGGUGAUUCUGGGCUUUGUUUUACUAGUUUGCCAAAGGAAGAAGUUGAAAGAUUAUUUAAUGAAUAUGAAGACUAUGACUUUGCAAGAACUGGAAGUAUUGCAACCGAGAAGGUGGAGCUUAAUGAAGGUCCUUUGGAUCAGUUUACACAUGAGAUGGAGCCCUUCUUGCGUAAGCAGGGGAUGCCUGUUAGGUUAAACAAAGGUGUCGUGGAGCUUGUAUCAGACUUCAUUGUAUGUGAAGAAGGGAAGCCAUUAUCACCCGAGGCCGCUCGCAUACUGCGUCUGCUGGGUAUAAAGAUGGCCACCUUCAAACUUCACUUAACGUGUAGAUGGAGCUCGGAGGACUUCGAGAUUUAUAGAGAAGGAUUGGAAGAUUCAGAUGUUGAGUCCUCGUAGGAUUUGCAGAACUCCUGUGAAGAAUGAUGUAUGUGGGGUUCAUUUUGUCGAGGCGAAGUUAACAGUAGGCGGGUUCUCUAUCGAGUCUUUUGGCUUGUUUCACCUAGUUAUUUCUGAAAUUUUGUGCUAGUUUGACUUUUUAAUCGACGAUUUGUUUUUGCAUUACAUAUUCUGUAAAAUCUUCGAGAAUUGCAAUGGUAUGUUUUGCUGCCUUCUUGCUCUUGUAUAACAUAUAAUAUCUAAAGCUUGCGGAUCUUUGUAUUAA